ACAAGCUUUAGCUCUUUGGCAUUAGUAAAGUAGGUUACUGUUAGAUUAAGGUUAUAAUACCGAUUCCGGGCUUCUUGGUAUUUUAAAACUUGUAAAUUCUAAUAUUAAAAAUGUUAUUUUACUCUUUCUUCAAGUCAUUAGUUGGGAAGGAUGUAGUGGUUGAACUGAAGAAUGACUUAAGUAUCCAUGGUAUCCUGCACUCUGUUGACCAAUAUUUGAACAUUAAGUUGACGGAUAUCAGCGUCACAGAUAGUGAAAAGUACCCACACAUGCUGUCAGUGAAGAACUGUUUCAUCAGAGGCUCCGUCGUGAGGUAUGUCCAAUUGCCAGCUGAUGAAGUCGACACCCAACUGUUACAGGAUGCUGCAAGGAAAGAAGCCUCGCUCCAGACGCGAUGAUUUUUUAGGAUAGUUUAUAUUUUAUUUUACUUAUAGUUGUAAUUUUUGUAAUUAAAACAAAUUCUGUAUAAAUACAUUUAUAUUUUAUAUUUCAUUCCUUCUGAUAUUUUAAUAAAAUGGUAUUCGCGCUCUAUGUCUAUUAAAAUAUUUACUUAAACAAGAAAGCAUUAUGUUGAUUAAAAAAUUUUUGAAAAUGGAUCUUUAAACGUAAUUCUCUUGACCUUAUUGUUGACAAUUAAGGCUAUAAUUCUACCGCAAUCAGUUGGCAUUCCAAGGGAGGACUAAUGUGAACACUAAAUUGAAACUUUUAUUUGUUUUUUUUCCUAAACCUCAAGCAUUACUUACUUAAUAUGUACUUAUAUUGUUCCUAAAUUAGAACAUUAUGAUAUUUUUCAAAGUAUGUAUUGUAACGUUCCCUUUGUCAACAUAAAUCAAACAACGAGUUUCCUUUUUCAAUAUACUAUUUAUUUUAACAUAUAACAUAAAUCUCAGGUUGGGUUCUGACAACUGAACACUCAUUCUACAUUAAAUAACUAUAACUUACUAAUUAAUAAAUACAUAUAAAGAAACUAGAUACAUACAUUAAGAAAUUAUACAUAUUGUUUUCAAAAACCUUGAUGGUCCCAGUCUAAACUUUGUGGCUCUUUCUAUUUUCUCA